AUGGAGAAGUCCUGGAAGAGGAGUCAGGUCACAAUGCAGACACAAGAGGUGUUUCCAUCCAAGUUCACCGUGGAUUUCCCCGUGUACCACAAAGGACCGCUGCGGACAAAAGGUACCGACCGAAGCGCGCCACAAGUCGACGUGUUCGUCAUGGAAGAACUUACGGCGUUCGUGUCGAAGUCGUUCGACCAGAAGACCAAGGAGAGCACCAAAGAGAGUAUCACGUACAGGGAAGUUUUGGAGAGCGGCUUGACGCGCGCACGGGAGCUGGGCAGUCCGGACUCAAACCUGCAGGACAUAACGGACUCCAACCACUGCCCCGUGCAUCUGUUCAAGGACCACGUAGAGCUGGAGAAGGACAAGCUCAAGGACUUUAGUGUUUCCAGGGCGAGUGACGGUGUUAUUUUGGGCAGUGGCAGUCACCUAGACGCCUGCAGGGUGGCACCUUACGUCAAUAUGGGUGCCCUUCGGAUGCCCUUCCAACAGGCAGGACUUCUGCGGGGCCAGUGGCUCAGUCCACUCCAGGCACAGCUCACAUCCCCUGGACCGUACAAACACAUGUGGAUGUCUGUCUGA